CCAUGUCGCUCGGUCUCCGACGAGCAUUUCAUCCCUCGUCAAAAGCCGUUGCAUUCUGUACCAAUAAUUGGGCCAUACAUGCCUGGCGCUCUUCUGCUACGAAUAACAUCCGAUUCAUGAGCGGAGUAGGCAACACACUCGCUGACAUCGACCCUUCUAGGCUCGAAAUCGUGAAGAAUCAGAAGCCAGGCACCCCACCACCAUCCUCCAGCUUGAAGUUCGGCCACACAUUUACUGACCAUAUGCUAACUAUACCAUGGAAUGUGAUAUCAGGAUGGGGCGUACCUCGAAUUCAACCUUAUGGCCCACUGUCUUUGGAACCCAGUUGCACCGUAUUGCAUUACGCCCAGACCAUCUUUGAGGGCAUGAAGGCCUAUAGACACGAAAAUGGACAGGUAACAUUAUUUAGACCAGACAUGAAUAUGAAACGCAUGAACACCAGCGCUGCACGUAUUGCAUUGCCGAACUUUGACGGCGAAGCGCUUCUCGAAACUAUCAAGGAACUCAUUCGGAUCGAUAAAAGUUGGAUACCCAAGGAACCUGGACAUAGUUUAUAUGUUCGCCCCACCAUGAUUGGAACGCAACGGGCAGUUGGAGUCGGACCUCCAAAUGAAGCUCUUCUUUUCGUCAUCCUCAGCCCCGUUGGUCCAUACUAUCCGGACGGGUUCAAACCAGUGUCGCUUUUCGGCACCACCGAGUAUGUUCGUGCCACACCUGGUGGAACCGGUGCUUAUAAAUUGGGAGUUAAUUACGCACCAGGGAUUCUCCCACAAAAAGAAGCGGCUGCCCUUGGAUACGCUCAGAAUCUGUGGCUCCAUGGGCCUGAGCACUACCUUACCGAGGUCGGAACAAUGAACUUGUUUGUUGUUUUCAAGAAGGCUGAUGGAGUUAUGGAACUCGUUUCGCCCCCACUCGACGGAAUGAUUCUUCCCGGUGUAACCCGUGACUCCGUACUUGCCCUCGCUCGAGCGCAUUCGGCCGGAACCCACCGGCUUGAAAACCUGCCCGAAAAGCUUACCGUUUCAGAGCGGCCUGUUACAAUGCGGGAGGUUAAAGAUGCCUCAAUGUCUGGAAGCCUCGUAGAACUCUUCGGUGCAGGCACCGCUGCUGUCAUCAGUCCCGUGGACAGGAUCGGUUACCUUGGCGAAGAUGUGCUGAUACCAACUGGGUCAGACGGAAUGGGUCCCAUUUCAAGGCCAAUCUGGCAAGAGUUAGUUGGCAGACAGACAGGUGCCAUUCCUAGCGAAUGGAGUGUUGUUGUAUGACAGAUCUAUCUAAAUGGAGGAGACAUCUAUUUAAAUUUUCCCUGACAAUACUCGGUCGCUUUUUAUACGAAUACUACCUGCACAGACUAUAGG